GACAAUUUCAUUCCUCUUCAUUGAACCGGCCGGGUUUCGCUAGGUCUCAAGAAACAAGUGUGUUAAAUCGUCCAACCCUUCAAAAUGUCUCAUCCAACACCUUCUGAGAAGCCUUCAAAGCCUGAAAACCCUCGCGUCUUCUUCGAUGUAGACAUUGGAGGGGAAAGAGGUCAGUGUGUUUUAUUUCAUUUUUAUCAGCUAACAGGUUUUUAGAGGCUUCUUUGACCGUUACCCUCGUUAGCUUAGCUUAACCGUCGCUCGUUGUGGUGACUUCAAGAAACUGGUUCAUUCAACGUUAGUGACUGUCAGUACAGCCAUAAACAGCUCAAUUACAUUUAAUAUCCGACAGCUUUGAGUUAAAUAAACAUUUAUUCAAUAUUGUGGUCGUCUCAUGACUAGUAAGGGUCUUAACCACGUGUGGUUGUAGGACGUAGUAAGACCUGCAUGAAACUGUCAUCGACUCCAGCGCGACUCUCCAACCAGCAUUGUAAUGUUGGAGAGAGAGGAGAGAAGCAGUUAGGGUGUUAAUUACAUAUUUAGGACAGAGCACUUCAUAUUAGUUCAAGAAUGAUGUUUAUAGUUGGCUGGUAAACAGUACCAGGUUAUUCACCGUUGCCUUAUAAGGCCUGUUAUUAAGAAUAGAUUGUGUCAGGUGGGCUAUAGUACUAAACUGUCUCCUCUAUCUGUAUCAAUAAAGAUGAGAGAUCUAUUACAUUUUGCCUUUCAUUUAAAGUGUCUUUUAUAUGAUCACAAUAGGGCUGGGCGAUAUGGGAAAAAGUUCAUCAUGAUAUAUAUUUUUUAUAUCAGUCGAUAUCGAUAUAUAUCACGAUACAAAAAAAUGAAAUUUAACUGCUUGUUGGUAGCAUGUCUUUGCAAUACAAUAAGUUACUGCAUCUGUGAGGUAUUUGGGUCUCUUUGACGUUUUGUUGUAAGGCGUUGCGCUAGAGAAUACGUACUGAAUGGUCGGCUACACAUGCGCCAUGGGCUCCUCGCUCCACUCUGGGUUUGUAACCUUUUGCAUUGCGCAUGCUCCCCCGCAGUUAUUCCCUGACUUUGCGAAAACAUGUACUUGGCAUACCGAAAUACCCAAAAUACCUCCACACCACCGAUGUUUUCAUGCCAGUGUUGUUGACUAUGUCACCUUCAUCUGCAUUUCUGCGGGGGGUAGCACUUAUUUUCUCUUUUUCUUACCAACAGUGCUGUCGGCUUCACGUGUUGAAGCGCUAUGGUUGCGUGUAGCUGCAGCCUGCUACUACGCAGUUGUUUGCUACUUGGUUCUAAUUCAGCACAUGAUUGGUUCAGCAAGAAGCGGAUCCGGAGAAAUCCCCUUUUCAUUGGCUAUUCGUACAGUCUACCUAAACAUGGCAGAAUGUCGACUACCGAAAAGCAUAUUGACCAUGAAGGAAAUUAAUUCUUGAUCUAUUUUGUUAUCGUUUUAUCGCCCAGCCCUAGAUCACCUAAUUCUUUCGGGAAGAUAAUGGUAAUUUGCUUUGUCUUGACAACUGAUUGGUCUUGACAAUCAGUUAUGUGUGUGCAUUUAUGUAACACCAGUGAUAAUGAAACUUUAUACGUUUACCAUCUGGUUGAUAGGAUUCUUCUGACUUGUGACCAGUAAUGAUAAAACUUAAUCUUGCUUUCUUCUGGCUACAUUUAUCCAUGACCCUGUGGUUCAGUUGUGAUGCUCACAUGCUGAUUGCAGGCACUUUAAAUGGUCAUCAAGGGUUGGCAAGGGAACCCUGACCAGUCUGCAGCUGCACAGCCUCAUUCACAACAAACUCUUAUGUAGGAUCAGACCUCACUUUAAUGUUUUUUCAUUACUCUUUGAGAGCAACUUGAACAUCUCACACAUGACUAUCAUUGUAGGAUUUGAUCAUGACUGAUAUUUUUACAUUAAACAAUCAGUUAACCCAGUAAAAAUCAACAUCCACAUGUGAAUAAUGCAGAGGGAGACUGUGAUUAAACUUGUGAACUAAUCCUGUUUUUUUCUUCACACUCACAGCUGGCCGGGUGGUUAUGGAGCUCUUUGCUGAUAUCACCCCCAAGACUGCUGAAAACUUCCGGUCUCUCUGCACAGGAGAGAAGGGCGUAGGUAAAUCAACUGGGAAACCGCUGCACUUCAAAGGAUGUCCGUUCCAUAGAAGUAAGUAUCCUCCUCAGCGGCACAUAAUGUCGGCACAUAAGGGGCAUAAACAAGAGAAGUUCAGUUAAUAUCGAGAUUCAAGACAUGUUAAGCUUAGAAAACAUUGGGAGCAGAAAAAAAAGAGGAAACAUGUAAAAGUUGUCCUUCAAAUCAGGACUGAUGGAUUAUUAUUGAUAUUGUUAAUCUACUAGCUUUAGAUUUUUCCCCUAGAUAAAGUGGGUUUGACAGGCAGGUGAAACUUUUUGUUUUGAAGCUGUCUGAAUGUCAAGAGGAUUCAAUUUCUUAUUAAGUGGAUUCUGAAUCUUUGUGUCUUUCCAGGUGUUAUCAUUGCUGAUAUGAUUGAUUGAAAAUAUACACUGAAAGUGCUAAAGUAAACAUGACUUUUAAUGAACUCUGCAUUGGAUUUUGUUUAAAAUGAAUUUCAGCGUCUGUUGACUAAUUUUGUGAACUUGUAACUUCUUGGAUACUGGAGGCUACUUUAAAUUAAUGCCAUUGAUUGUUGUCAAAAUAAAGAAGUUGCGACUCCAGGGCAUUUAGCUCUUAAGCAUAUAAUCGGUACAAAUGUACGGCACAAUUUUCAAAAGACUGGAAAGGCAAGAAAAUAUGGUGUUUGCCAAAAGCUCUCAGAAAAGCCUUUUCUACCAAUGACACUAUCUGUUAAAAUGCAGUGUCGCACUCGACUGUCAUUAACACUUUGGGUGUUUUAAUGAGGCACUUUAAACCUGUUUUGAUUUUCAGGUUAGUUAAUCUGCACAAUAUUUUGUCUGUUAAAUUGUUUUUGGCAGUUAUCAAGAAGUUCAUGAUCCAGGGAGGUGACUUCUCCAACCAGAAUGGCACCGGUGGUGAAAGCAUCUACGGGGACAAGUUUGAAGAUGAAAACUUUCACUACAUGGUAAAUGCAUUGAUAUGUUCUUGUGUGGAGCAGGAAAUGGGAAAGAGAGAGGGUUAUGACAAAUGAAGGCAAAGGGCCACAGUUUGGAAGUGAACCUGUUUUUUUUUUCUCUCUUUGUGCAGCAUGACAAAGUUGGCCUCCUCAGCAUGGCCAACGCUGGUCCAAACACCAAUGGCUCUCAGUUUUUCAUCACCACCGUUCCCACACCACACUUGGACGGCAAGCAUGUGGUCUUUGGCCAGGUGUUAAAAGGGAUGGGAGUCGUGAAAAUGCUGGAGUCCAUUGAAACCACAGAGGAUGCUCCUGUCAAGGUAAACAUGUAGCAGUACAUUGAAAAUGUGAAAUCAUGAGGGUGUCGGAGGAAUCAUAAUGUGUUCAGACAAAGAAGUCAUACACAGUUUGGUGAUGAAUUUCUCCAUUUGCCUUCGCAGCCGUGUGUCAUUGCAGAGUGUGGUGAGCAUAAAGACGGCGACAGCUGGGGUGCGGCACUAAAUGACGGGUCAGGAGACACUUACCCGGAGUUUCCUGAGGACUCAGACGUUGACUUUCAAGAUGUAAGUAUCUAUGACCCUGCAGAUUUUCAAGGACCAAACCAUCUUUUCACAGCAAGCAUCAGACAUCCCUGCAUCCUCUACUGUUUGCCACUCAAUGCCUGUUUGUCCUGUUACCAAAACCUGCAUGACGGGAUCAAUAACUACUCUAUAUCAAAAUUCAGGACAAGCACAGCAAACAUGAGGAGCAGAGAAAAAACCUGCUCAGCUAAACAUCUCUAAGGGUUGUGCUUGUACUCAAAAUUGGGGGUGAUGGAUAUUUUCAGUGUUUUGAGGAGCUAACUUUCGAUUUUUCCUCCAAAUAAAACGAUUCAGACAGCUUGGCAAAACAUUGUGUUUACCAACUGUCUGGAUGAUUGAAUCUCCGCCCAAGGGGACUUUGUUUUUGUGAUUUCUCUGAGUUUCAACAUCCCAGACAGAACCCUUAACACUGUUAUCAUGAUGUAAUGACAGAUAUAAUCGAUACAAACAAUGGUUACAAAAAAAAUCAAAGACGAGAUGAAUCGUAAACCAAUCUACCGUAAAUCCUCAAACAUAAACUGAGGUGAGGUCCGGAUUCACAAAAGAGUGAUUACUUUGAGCCCCUUAACCUGUGCAAAUGAGUCAUAAAGAUGCUGUCUGAUUUACAGAGCAAGCACAAAGGGUUAAAUACUCCACUGACUAUACCACUGAGCAAAUAGUGUUUUUUUGCUUAUGUUUAAAUGAGCCGCCAUGUAUUAAUUUUUAGCAAAAUAUGUCCCUCAACAAAUACAGGUGAGCCUCAUUAUAAAAACAGCUAAUUCACUAACACCGUCGCUGACAGUCAUGUGCAGUCAGAGGGAAGUUUUUAUCAACGGUGCUGAAGUAUUUAUACGCCUCAUCAGGCUCCAACUCUCCUGUGACAAUUCCUCCUCUGGGUGACCUAGAAAUGAUGUAUCUGCUGAGGAAGUCUGUCAGGAUGACUUUGACUGAACAGUUUUUAUACUAAUCAGGGUUAAAUCAGUCUCAGGCUGUUUGCUGCUCAACCUCCUUGUGUGCACUGGCUGUGAAAUUUGUUCCAUCUGUCAAGAAUGUUGAGGACUUUUCCUCUUUACUCAGCUCAUCAUAUUUGUGGUUAGAAUUUAGCCUAGUCGGGAUGAGUGUUAUUAAAGUGUCUCUGUUAAUUGAAAUUAGGUUUAAAUUGACCUGUAAAGUCUCUGAUCCUGGUCAUAAUAAAGGCCAGGGUAGAAACUGACUAUUGCGCUUGAUUUAAGAAUUUAAGAGAUCUUAAUAUGAAUGGAAAUGGGAAUAAUGCCAUUAUGUUUCUACCUGUGUUUCUUUUAGGCCGACAAAGUUCUGGCUGUCGCUGAGGAUUUGAAGAAUAUUGGAAACAGCCUGUUCAAGAAUCAAAACUGGAAAGGUGCCAUCAACAAAUACAGUAAAGCCCUCAGGUAAUGUGAAUGUGAGAGUUUCAUUUUAUCACAGCUGCUUUUUUUUUAGUACGAACAAGAAAUGAUGUCCUACGUACGAGCCUCAUCUCCAGGCAUUCACACUAAACCUGGCAGAGAGAAAGUAUGAAAAGGCCAAAAAAAAAAGCGUAUCUGUCAGGUCUACCAAUAUGUGCCAUCUCACCCUGCCUGAAAAAAAAGGUCAGAGACAACCAGGAACAUGAGUUUCCAGCUCUAAUUGCAGCUUAACUUGUUAUUCAGCUCAGACUUUCUGCUGCAUGGCGGUGCGCUGAUUGCUCGUCGCGAUCUGUCCUUUUCACUCACAGCGAGCCUUUUAUUCCUCUGCAGGUACUUGGAGAUGAGCGGAGAGCAGCUGGAGGAGGAGGCCCAGAAGAAGUUGGAGCCCACAGCCCUUAGCUGCUUCCUCAACACAGCAGCGUGUAAGCUCAAGCUGCAGCUGUGGCAGGAGGCUGUGGACAGCUGCAAUGAGGUACACUUGAUAAAACUGUUGGUUUGUUUCUGACAGGACUAAGUUGACUGCAAACAUGAAUAGAAUGUAAAGGUUCUGAAAUAAACUCCUGGUAGGACAUGUCCUCAUCCAAUCGGGGGUUGGGGUGGGGGUAUUUUCUGACCCUUAGAAGGUUGCACAUUCAAAAAUCUGUAAAGAAAGACAGAUGACAUGACUCCUUGUGUUUUUCUGUUAUGUCUUCCAGGCUCUAGAGCUGGACCAAGCGAACACCAAGGCACUUUUCCGCAGGGCUCAGGCCUGGCAGGGGUUAAAAGACUACAGCCAAGCCAUGGUAACACCUACAAAUACAUUACCUUGUACUGUUUUUAAAAUACUGAAUACUUUUGAUGUUUUAAACAAACAAAACAGAUGAAAUUACACGUUCAUUACUGACUCUUACAAGAGCUGUAUUCUGGUUCUAUCAUGGACUGCAUUUAAUGACAGAGACUUCAUCUCCAACCUCACCCAAAUCCUCCAUGUCACAAGAGACCACAAACUGUGUGCAACAUGACCAGAACAGCCGCUAUCCAAAGUGGAGCCAGAAUUCUCAGAGCUCUCCCUGGUGACUGGCUCUAGUAUGAGUCUCGAAAUCUGCUCUCUCCAUUAUAACAGAUGGAACACGGGUCGGGCUGAAGCUAGAGUGCACCUCAAUAAAUGCCCUCAAACAUUUGAUGUCUAUUUUGGUUCUUAAGCUGAACCCAUAUCCCGUCUGUUAACAUGGAAUAGGCAUUGACUCCAGUUGGUCUGAAGGAUUCUAUAGGAAAUGAGGAGUUGUAGCAGUUAUUUAAGUGUUUUUUGUGCUCUCUCUUUUCAGGCUGAUCUGAAGAAAGCUCAGGGAGUCGCUCCAGAAGACAAAGGUAAACCCACAUUUGUCUGCACAGCCUUAACCUGGACCAAAGCCCUUUUGCAGUUACAGUUUAUUCAUGAACUUUCACAGUCAUUAUUCAGACUUGGCAUGCAGACUCAGUGAUAAGCCUGUUUUUGUGUUUGCUGAUUCUCCUAAUUGACUCAUUUGGGGCAGAAUUAAGAAGAAUCAAAUUAAUGAUUCAAGGAAAGUCAACAGAUUUAAUGUUAAUUAUUUCUAGUUUGAUGACUCUUCAGCUCACUGGGAGCCAAGGGAAGUUAAAGGUCAUAUCCGUUUAUCUACAUAUAAAGCUUAUAGAUGUUUGUGGAUUAUAUGACUGUGUUACACCAGUCUUGUCGGGGUACUAGAUCAUCUCAUUGUCUCAGAUGUUGGUAUCUGAAGCCCAGGUCUUGUAAAAGGAGUUUCACUGCAGCAGUAAACCUUCAAGACAGCGUUCUGCAGUUGUUUAAUUGAAACAAUUAUUUUUCCAGGAUGAAUAGUAAUAUAUGCCAAAAUGAUAUAAUACUAAUCAGGAUGAAAAAUGUCCGGUUUUAAACCUUUUAGAUGUUGCAUAUUAAUUGCCUAAUAAACAACCUCAGCUGUAAUCAUCUUGGAGCGAACAGCUAAUGCUAAAACAGCCACAAGUACCAAAGAUGUCAUCUGAUUUAUCUGAUGUGGAGAAGAUACUUGAUCUGGGUGAUCUUGAAUUAGUUUUUUUCGGGCAUACGGAUGUCUCUUAAAGUGUGUUUACUAUACAUCUACAUAGCGAGUGAAAGCAAGUCAAAACUCCAAUUAAAAUUUUUUUGCAAAUUUUGGCACCCCAUACGCACUAUAAGGCGCACCAUCAAUGAACGCGUCUAUUUUCACACAUAAGGUGCACCGGAUUAUAAAGCACAUUAAGUCAAACUUUAUUUAACUCAUUCAAUAACUCUGCGAGGCUCCGGUAGCUGCAGUGCUCCGACAAGCCAUCAGGCUGUGCGGCUCUGUAGCUUACUGAAGUCGUAAUAAAAGAUUUUGACAGAUUUUUGAGCGCCGUGUACUACAUAAAAUCGGUUCGAGGUCAGUAAGCACAACCAGAAUUCAUACAUAAGGUUCACCUGAUUAUAAGGCGCACUGAGGAUUUGUGAGAAAAUUAAAGGAUUUUAAGCGCGCCUUAUAGUGCGAAAAAUACGGUAGAUGCUUUGGUUGUGCCCUCUGACAAAAAUCUCAUACUGUUCAUUUUAGACUGACAUGUUCUAUAAUAUAUUUUGAUGAGGAAUCUGUAGAAACUGGGCUGUUUCAUUAAUGUCACAAGUUCCUCGUGGGAGUUUUGGUAUUGUAGAAAAGAUUGUUUUUCAUGUGAGGAUAAAAGCAAUCAUUUAUAAGCCACAAAUCUCUGUUUACUAAAAUGUUUUGUGUACAGACUUUGUUCGAUUUAUUGCAAACUGGAGCUCCUCUCUGCUCUUUUUCUGUUUCACUCUCUUUUGAUAACUUAAGCAGCACCUAAUUGGCCGUACGCUACAAAAGGAAGCGCUGUCAGCAGCCGCACACCCUCCUUUUGUCUUCUUCUAAGUGAAAAAACAGCGGGUUAAAAUCUCAGCGUUGUGUGGGACUAACUUCAGCACAAAGUCGUGAUGCACAUAGAAUUGCGUUUGAUUCACUUAUGCUCAUACUGUGUUAUUUUUUUCUGACAGCUAUCACCAACGAGAUGAAGAGGGUGCAGCUGAAAAUCCAGGAGGAGAAAGAGAAAGAGAAGAAGAUCUAUGCCAAAAUGUUUGCCUGAACUUUUCACCUCACAUCACAGUGAGUUCCCACCUGUAACGGUUUGAAACAUUUGAAGUCAUCUCAGCGCGGUAAGCUGCACCUACUCUGACACGGAGUCUACGGGCAGGUGACAUCUUUAUCACAGUCUGUAAAACAAGGGAAUAAGUGUUGUAAGCUUGGACCUGUCUCAUUCUGACAAGUAUCUUCUUCACUGUAAUGAUAGUUUGAGCGUUACUGUGAUGCACAGCUGAAUCCAUCGCUUUAAAAAAACAUGGGUUAACACUAGCUGGUGUUUUCAGUGACUCUGCAAAGUUGUGUACCGUUUCCUGGAAAGGAGACGUUUCAUGGAUCCAGCGCCCGUAUGAACAUCUGUUUGUUUUUAUUUAUGUUUUUUACAGAGCUCAAUAAAACAGAAUUAUAACAGUGAAGUGUUCUUUAUUCAUUCCUGGGAUUAUUACCUAAAGAUAUGUACAGUACAGUUCAGAUCACAUGUUGUCAUUGUACCUGCGUUAACCUUUCUCUAAGAUCAUGUACGUCUGUUCAGUUACAGUUUGAGUGAAAUAUAUUAACUAGGUUUUUAACACUUCUUGAAAACAAACAAAAUUAACACCCUUUGACUCUCCUCAGCUCUCUAAUGCUCACAUUGUGAAGUUCAUAAAAUAAAAAUACACAGAACUAUGA